UUUAAGUCUUGACACGCAAGUGUCUCUCUGAAAAUCUUUCAAGAGAAUCUGGUUUCAUGGAGUAGUCUCAUAGUGAAAGUUGGCAUCAUAGCUAUGUUUUUGUUUCCUUUUUUUCAGUUCUUAUGCAUCAUAUCCAUGUGGGUAAUGUCAGGUAAAGAAAGGUGUAUAUGAUUUAAGAGGAAUGGAGAGAGAGAGAGAGAGUAAGAGAUGCUUUUUAGCUUUUUUUUCUGUAUGAAGGUUGUAUAAACAGCCUUUCCAGCGAUACCCAGUUGCUGUUUUCUCCUUCUGAGUCUACUCUUUGUCUCUUUGGCACUUCUUCAUCUUUUUCAUACACCAUUUAAGUAGUAUUUCUUCAUCUGCCUUCACCUAUCAUGUAUCCCACUUAUUAAUAUUUUUUUUCUCCUGGAUUAUUUAAGAAGUGGUUUUCACAGAGAUAGUAAGAUACUGACAGAGAGGCAAAGGUAGUCCCAUGUUUGUCUUCUUCUUCUCCUAAUCCUUUUUAUUGCCUACAUUCCUCAAUUUGUCUCUAAUUUUGGGGCGAGGUCUUGUCGUUUCCCUGAUAAGCGAGUUGAUUUCUGGUUUUGUGAAGGAGGGUCCUCUAACAAACUGAAACCCAGAUCAUUUCUAGCCUUGAGAAGCAGGUCUCGAAGCAAUCAAGUCCUUCAGGGAGAUGGGUUCUUGAGUAUUUUUGUUUUUUUUUUCUUCCAAGUCUGUAAUUUGUUUGGGUUCAAUCUCUGCUGCGGAAGAAAAAUUGUGGUUGUUCCUGGUGUCAGGAUGAGGGAUUUCCCUUCCUGUUUCGGUGAGAAUGGAGUUCAGGUGGCGGAUUCGUCUUCAAGUGCCAGUAAAGCUGCUCAAAAUUUAGUAACUUGUGUUUACCAGUGUAAAUUGCGCGGAAGGUCUUGCUUGAUCACCAUCACAUGGAGUAAGAAUCUGAUGGGUCAAGGCCUAAGUGUUGGGAUCGACGAUUCGACGAACCGUUGCAUCUGUAAAGUCGAUAUAAAGCCAUGGCUCUUCUCCAAGAGAAAAGGAUGCAAGAGCUUAGAAGCCGAUUCGAGUAAAAUUGAUAUAUAUUGGGACCUCUCCUCUGCUAAAUUUGGAUCCGGGCCGGAGCCAUUGGAGGGGUUUUACGUGGCGGUGGUCGUUGAGAGGGAGAUGGUUCUCUUGCUUGGGGAUUUGAGUAAAGUGGCAUACAAGAAGACCAACGCGGCUUCUGUUUCUUCCAAUGUCAUCUUCAUGGCCAAGAGGGAGCACAUUUUUGGGAAGAAGGUCUAUGGCACCAAGGCUCAGUUCUGUGACAAUGGGCAGAUCCAUGAUGUCAGAAUCGAGUGUGAUACGGUAGGCCUGAGUGACCCAUGCCUUACGAUCCGCAUAGACAGUAAGAUGGUGAUGCAGGUGAAGCGCCUUAGGUGGAAAUUCAGGGGCAACCAGACCAUCUUGGUGGAUGGGCUCCCUGUGGAAGUAUUCUGGGAUGUUCACAAUUGGCUCUUUGGGACAGCUCUGGGGAAUGCCGUUUUCAUGUUCCAGACAUGUCUUUCUGCAGAGAAGUUGUGGGUCAGUCAUAGUAAUUCAGACACUGAUCCCACCUUAUUGCCUCGGUCCGGCUCACAGAUUUUCAAAGAUUCACAACGACAAGGUCUUGGUUUCUCGCUGAUUUUGUAUGCUUGGAAGAAUGAGUAGAGGUGUAUUCUUCCUUGUUCAGUGCUAACAAAUACUUUUAGCUGAGUGAUGAUUUCUAUUGACGAUGUGUUUGAAUUACAUAAAAAUGUGAUUUAUGAGAGGCUCCAUUUGUUUCCCUAAUUUACUGUUCAAAAUAGAAUAGAAAUUAUAUCAAUUUUUUUU